AUCGCCGGGAAUAAGUCAAAUGAUAAGAACACUAGUCGAAAGUUUUAUGAAGCACAUGCUAAGAAUUUAGAAGCUGCUAAAAAAUUGGCGGAUAAAUACAUUUCCCCAUCUGAAGAGGAAGAUGAAUUGGAUGAAACGAAAAUCUUAAAAGCGCUAUAUAAGAAUUAUAGUGAUCGUAAAGAAGACGAGCACUUAUUAGCCAAGACUGCGAGUUUCUUAGAAAACAUAUUGCAUUCCGGUUCAGCUACUUGCCUUAUAUGUAUAGCUAGUGUAAAGAGAACGGACGCGAUAUGGUCGUGUAAACAUUGUUAUUGGUUUUUUCACUUAAAUUGUAUACGUCGUUGGGCUAAUGAUAGCAUGGCUCAGCGUAAAGCACAGGAACGCAACAUUCAAGGCUGUUACAAUCGCUUGGGUGAAUAUGUAUCUCCCAAAAAAGAGAAAGCUUUACAUUGGUGCUGCCCACAAUGUAGGCGAGAAUUUCAACCAAACGAAAAGCCUGCAACAUACGAGUGCUUUUGCGGUAGAGAAACUGAUCCCUUACCACAGCCAUGGUUAUUACCCCAUUCUUGUGGCGAAAUAGGCGGUAAACUUUUACAGCCUAAUUGCAGUCAUAAAUGCAAUAUACUCUGCCAUUCAGGACCAUGUCCACCGUGCGCUCAAUAUGCAAUAACAUCCUGCAAAUGCGGAAAAUCUCAGCCAAAGUCGAUGCGCUCCUUAGAAAAAGAUUGGGAAUGUCAAGAAAAGUGCAAUUCAUUGUUGCCCUGCGGCCGACACAAGUGCCGUCAACCUUGCCAUAAACCACAGCAGUGUCCACCUUGUAGUCAAAAAAGUAUUCAAGCUUGUGAAUGCGGAGCAGAAUCGAUGAGACGCCAAUGCUGCGAACGGAAGUGGCAAUGUCAACAGGUCAGUGCAUUCGAUAUUUUAUGGAAAUUACAAAAUUUCAUAAGUUUUAAAUAAAUGUGUAGCAAAUUGUAUGCGUGCGGUAUACACCUGUGUAAGAAAGUUUGUCAUUCUGGGGACUGUGGUGAAUGUCCACUCAGUUUGCCGCGUUCUUGUCCUUGUGGCAAAAUUAAAAAAGUUGGACCUUGCACAGAAAUUAUUGAUACUUGCGGGGACACUUGCCAAAAAAUUCUUGCUUGCGGUCAACACACUUGCACCCAAAGGUGUCACACGGGCAAUAGGAAUUUGUGUCUAGUUAUUACUAAGAAAAAAUGUCGAUGUGGUUUACAUGAAAAGGAGCUGCCGUGUUCAAAGGAAUUUACUUGUGAAACCAAAUGCAAACAAAGCAGAGAUUGCGGCAUACAUUCUUGCAACCGCAAGUGUUGCGAUCGUAAUUGUCCACCCUGUACUAAAUUGUGCGGCCAACCAUUAUCCUGCGGUAAACAUAAAUGCCAAUCGGUCUGUCAUAGAGGUCCUUGUUAUCCCUGUGGACAACAAUCUCAAGUCAAUUGCCGUUGGGGAAAGACGCGUAAAAGUGUACCGUGCGGAAGGGAACGUACCGUGCGCAUAGCAUGCUUAGAGCUUUGCAAGUGAGUUAAUAUUUAAAAUAUUCUGUGCAACGAAAAGCAAAAACCGUCGAAAUGUCAUCACGUAAAUCAGCACCGUUGCCAUAAAAAUGAGUGUCCAUCUUGUUCGCAAAUUUGUGGGUUACCAAAUAAUACUACAGGUUGUGGUCAUAUCUGCAAGGCCAAAUGCCAUAGCUAUGUGAAGGUAUCGAGUAAAUCAAACUCGGAGACUGGCCAUAUUUGGGAGGCCAGCAAAAGGAUCGAAUAUAAAUCACUACCUCAUCCUCGUUGCGAAGAGAAAGUAUUAGUUGCUUGUAUAGGAGGUCAUGAAGUAAAAGAACCACCGUGCUGGAACUCAAAUCCGAACUCUUGUCAGCGUUUAUGUAAUCGUCAGCUGCCCUGCGGAAAUCAUAAAUGCACAUUGAUCUGUCAUUCUGUAUCCCAUCCCGAUAAUAUGCAGGCUCAACAAGGUUGUAUGUCCUGCGAAAACGGUUGUAAUAUAUCGCGACCUAAUGAUUGCAUCCAUAAUUGUCCUCGACCGUGUCAUUUGCCACCUUGUAAUCCCUGCAAUGUAGCCAUUAAAACAAAAUGUCAUUGUGGUCUGAUGCAAAUUAUUUAUAAAUGCUGUGAUUAUUAUAACAAUCAAGGCGCUGUAACUGAUAUCGCUGAGCGGCAGGAACGUUUAAAAAGUUGCGGUAAUCGCUGCUUAAAAAAUUAUUCCUGUGGCCAUCGGUGCGCGGCACAAUGCCACGCAGGGCCUUGCCAGGAAACUAAUAAUUGUCGCAAAAGAUUACGCAUUUACUGUGAGUGCAAACGUUUAAAACAAGAGAUUUCCUGCGAUAAACAUCGCUCAGGGCUCACUAAAUUGAAGUGUGAUGCGAAUUGUCUGGAAAUCAUCAAGAAGUCGGAAAUGUCUCGUCAUAUGGCAGAGGAAUCAUUGCGUAAACAAGAAGAAGAACGUAAUCGAUUAGAAGUGGAGCAAUUUGAGAAACGAUUUAAUAAACGCAAACAUAAAGAACGCAAAUCAGUUGAACUAAAAGAAAAACGAGAGAUCAACUGGAAAUUGCUGUUCAUGUACGCGGGCAUCUUUUCAGCGAUACUCUUGGCCGUGGGUCUGGCAUUUUACGAAGAUCAUUAAAAUCGUUUGCCGUUUGCUCUUAAAAAUCGAGAAAAUUCUUCAUAUUUUCUUUACAUAAUAUUUUCGUAAUUAA